GGAGCAGUGUCCAUACGGGACGGCCGGCUCCUGAGAGGGCGGUGGGCGGCUCACAGACUCACAGUGACCCGGUCAGCGAGCAGCUCAGAUGGCAGCAACCGUCGAAAAGGGGAUGGCGCUGGCGGCGGUGUUCGAUGGCCCGGGGAGGCCCCUGCGCCUGACGCGUUUGCCGCUGCCCGACCGGCUGGCUGAGGGAGAGGUGCUGCUGCGACUGGUGGCGGCUACCGUGUGUGGCUCGGACGUCCACACCAUCCGCGGAAUGCGCACCGAGCCGACUCCGGCGAUCUUGGGUCACGAGGGCGUGGGCCGUGUCGAAAUCAGCCGUCGACCUGACCUGACCCCGGGUCAGCUGGUGACCUUCUGCGUGUGUAACGUCUGUGGAGAGUGCGAUCGCUGCUCAGUGGGCCUGACACAGAAAUGUCGACAGCUAAUGAAGUACGGUCACACUACGCUUAGCAGCGGCAGCGGACUGAACGGCUGUUACUCGAGCCACGUGCUGAUCCGACCGGGCACCCACGUCGUUCCCCUGCCUCCGCAUCUGGCCGCCUCCCCUGGCCUGGCCGCGCCCAUCAACUGCGCCCUGGCCACGGUCAUGGCAGCGGCGCGCGCCCUGCAGAGCCAUCUGCCGGUGACCGCAAGAACUAGGGCACUGGUUCAGGGCGCCGGUCUGCUCGGCGUGUUUGCCUGUUCCGUCCUGCGGGACGAGCUGCGGUUCGGCGAGGUGUUCUGCACGGACACGGUGGCCGCCAGACGUCACAUGGCCGCCCGGUUCGGCGCCAGCCCGCUGGAACCGUCACAGCUGGAGGGAGAGGCCGGUCGUCAGUUUGUGGACUCUUUCGACUGCGUCGUCGAAGUUUGCGGCAGUCCAAAGGUGUUCCCCGGCGGACUGAGGUGUCUCCGACCGGGUGGCUGCUACGUGCUGGUCGGCAUGGUGCACCCCCACUCCCAGCUGGAUGUCACCGGACAGAACAUCAUCAGGAAGUGUCUUACAAUCAAAGGCGUACACAACUACACGGCCGGUGACCUGGACAGGGCCGUCGCCUACCUGGAGUCCGUGCUAGCCGAGGACCGAUACCCUCUGCACCAGCUGCUCAGCACGCCGUUCAGGCUGGACCAGAUUCAGGAGGCCGUGGACCAGUCUGAUAACUUCUAUCGCGUGCUGAUUGAGCCAUAACGCCAGUGACGUUCAACGCGCCCCGUUACGGCCAAUAGUCCUGGCAAUUGGCGUUGACUCGUGACCUGGGGACAACUAGCAAAUGGCGCGGGGUCCAUGUGCGUGCUGGCUGUCAAGUGUCACAAGUGUUGCACGGAACCUUUUUCGUGCCGUGCCAUGGCAUUUGUCUUGUCAACCUCGCCCUAAUUUUGUUACACCAAUUGCCUGUCGUUUCUAGAUUGCGUUCGAUUGUGAUCAUACCGCGGCAACCGAGCCGUCCGAUAUUGGAUGACAGAAAAAGGUGCUGAAUUAUAUAAGCGAUAUUACAGCGGCGGGCCUUUAUGAAAUAUUGAAAAGCUCAUCAGAAGAAGCGCAAUAUCCAUUUUUGAGACGGAUGGAAUAUUUGUGUCCCUCUAUCCAAUCUCAUUCCGUGCCUCUGCUCAUUAAAGUGGAUUCCAGUCGGCUUUGUGCUGACGGCAACUCGUGUGGGCCGGUUCGCGUGUCGCCGCCCGUUGUCGGUCCGCCUGGUUAGUCCGGUCGGCUAGACCGUGAUCCUCGAUGAGUGCUGUGGUAAGUGGAUUAUCGACUCCAUUUACCAACGGUAUUUGGCGGCCGCCAUCGGAAAUGACCCGUGCGUAGUUCAUUGGGUGGCCAAUGCCCAGUAUUGAUCCCAAAUGUGGCCUGUGCUUCGUUAGUCUGUGGUCCGUAAUAAAAACGCACGUCGAAUGCUGGGUGAA